UUUAUAACAAUUAAAAAUUUUAUUUAUUUUUAUAUGAAAUCGAAUUUGAAAUUGAUAAAUACGAUUUUGGAUUAGUUUCCAUGGUAACGGUGUUUGGAUAAUGUAAACUCAGAAAUGUCAGUGUUAAAAGUAAAACUUUCAAGUGAAUUAUCUUCGAUUAAAAGAGCUAAAUGAACAGAUAUAAAAUAACAGGAAGGAUUGGGCAAGGUGCGCAUGGAUAUGUAAUGAAAGGUAUUGAUAGAACUACGCAUAAAGAUGUAGCAUUAAAGAAGCUUAUUAUUAGAACACUUGAAGAGGGUAUUCCAAAAAAUAUUAUGCGAGAAAUCAUGGCUUUAAGUGUUCUUAAAUCAGAAUAUAUUGUGGAGUUAUUAAAUGUAAUUCCUCAUGGCAUGGGAUUAGUUCUUGCAAUGGAAUACCUUCCGUCAAGUUUAAUGCAUAUCUUAAAAGAUAAAACGUUACGAUUAACGAUCCCUUUAGUAAAGGCAUACACAAAGAUGCUCUUGUUAGGCGUCAGUUUUAUGCAUGAAAAUAGUAUUAUGCACCGGGACCUCAAGCCGGCAAACCUUCUCAUUUCGAAGGAUGGAGUCCUGAAAAUUGCCGAUUUAGGUCUUGCGAGGAUAUACGCAAAAAACCAGAGUGAUAGACAAUAUUCUCAUCAAGUAGCUACCAGAUGGUAUAGAGCACCGGAAUUGUUAUAUGGAUCGAGAAAUUACAACAUGGGAGUUGAUGUAUGGGCCAUUGGUUGCAUUGUUGCUGAAAUGUUGAUUAGAAAACCUUUAUUUCCGGGCGAAACUGAUAUAGAGCAAUUAGCAAUUGUAUUGCAUACCUUAGGAACUCCAACUAUUGAAACUUGGCCUGGAUUAAAAAAUUUACCGGAUUAUAAUAAAAUUGCAUUUGCUAAAACAGCUGGGUUAAGUUGGAAAGAGAUUCUUCCGCGUUUUGAUUGGUAUAUUGUAAAUUUUGUGAAAGGAUUUCUUCAAUAUGACUCUAACAAGAGACUUAGUGCUAAACAGGCUUUAAAUCAUACGUUUUUUAUUAUUUCUCCUUUGUGCUGUAAUCUGGAUGACAUGCCUAAGCCACAAGAUAUAAAAUCUGAAAUUGUCCUCGAUAGUGAUAGUGAUAUUUAUAGUGAUUUUGAAAAACUUAUUAGUGGUUUUUAAUAAUUUUAUUUUAUAAUCGAAUAAAAACAAUCAUAUCAAGUAAGUAAAA